CUGAUGAGACACGCCAAUAAAGUGCCUCGGUCCUCCAUCUUAAGUAAACUUAAUUUAUGAAUGAAUUUUUCUUUGGCUGAUGUGUUAAACAAUGGUUUUUCCACCCUUUUUUUCACAGACACUGUAGGUUAUUGGGAUUGUAAUGUAUUGUGCUGGAUGUUUAUACAUCAUUCGGGUAAAACAGGUUUCUGGGGUGAAAGUCUGCCCCCAAGUGGUUGAAUAUAAAAAUGAAUGCUCUGAGUUCAUAACGUGCAUCGAGCAAUUCCACUUAUGAACAGAUGACGUCACUCUUGUUAAAUCCUCAUUGGUUUUUUGUUUUGUUUUUUUUAUUACGUGGAAAAGCGUGACUGCCGGUAGACUGAAGGGUGAUGCAAGAAAAGUUUCUAUUUACCAAUGACACUUUAAAGCCUCUCCACUGUUAGAAAGGAGUUCUAUGGUGUUGUGCAUUAAUGAGUCCAGCAUGAUGAAGACACUUUUAAUAUUGACGUGUUUCCUACUUUCCACUUUAGCAGACACACACACUCUACACUACUUCUACACUGUCGUCACAGCACAACUCAAUUCCUCCAUCAGCUCCAAAACCCAGUUCACUGCCGUCGGUCUGCUGGACGGAGAGCAGUUUCUGUCCUACAGCAGCAGCAGCGUGAAGCUCAGUGUGAAGGACUGGAUGAAGAAGACUGAGGCAGAAACGUACUGGAGGAGUGAGGCACAGGACAUGCAAAGCAAUCAGGACAACUUCAACAGCAUAAUGAGCACAGUGAUGACCAGCUUUAAUCAUAAUGAAGACGUUCACACUCUCCAGAAAUUCUACGGCUGUGAGCUCCACGAUGGCGGCGUCUCUAGAGGAUACGAUCGGUUCGGUUUUGACGGAGAAGAUUUCAUCAGUCUGGAUCUGAGCGCUAAAUCCUGGACCACGGCGAAACCUCAGGCUGAGAUCCUGAAAAAGAAGUGGGAUUCACACCGCUGCACUUUGUUCCGCGAAAGCUACCUCAAGAACGAGUGUGUAGAUCUGUUGAAGAAGUUCACGUCUCAGUGCAGAGACACUCUGGAGAGGAAAGUUUCUCCCACGGCUUCACUGUUCCACAAAAGCUCGCCGUCUCCAGGGGUGGUGUGUCAUGCUACAGGUUUCUUCCCCAAAGCACUGAAUAUCUCCUGGCUGAAGAACGGAGAGGACGUGUAUGAAGACGUGGAGCUCAGUGAGACGUUACCCAACCAGGAUGGAAGCUUCCAGAAGAGGAGCAUUCUGAAAGUCUCAGCUGAGGAGCUGCAGGAACACACCUACACCUGUGUGAUUGAGCACAGCAGCUUGGAGAAGGAGAUUGUGCUCGAAGUACCAAAAGAUGGAGGAGCGUUUUGGAUCAUCGCUGGUGUGGGCGUGGCUCUCGUCGUUAUUGCUGCUGUUGUUGCCGGAAUUAUGGUCUGGAGGAAGUAGAAUUCCGAGUAAGACAUGAUGUUAACAUCUGGAAUAACAAUCUGUGUGUGAAGAGAAAAAACAAGAAGAAGAACCUGUGCUAACAUCCAAUCUCACCUCAGAGCUCAUCCUCUUUCUUUCCAUGUGAUCUUCUAAGAGGUGAUGAAUGAGAUGAUGAGGAGGACAUUAAGGAUUAAAUAUUGUUCACACACACACACACACACACACACACACACACACACACACACACACACACAAGCAGGUGCUUCUGUUUUGGCUAUUCUGUACAGUGUAAUAUGGCCAGUCGAAUACUACAGUAUAUCAUACAGUAUUAAUUGUAAUAUAAAUGCUAUUAUGGGAUUCAUUUUUAAUUCCUGAUUGUUACGGAUUAAUUACAGCGACGUCAUUUGUAAGGGUUGAUUACGAUAACUGAUUGUGUACAAUACCAGAUACUGUAAUUGUAAAAAAAAACGGAUCAAACUGCCAACAUAUGUUUAUUUGAUGUUUUAAGGUCAAGAGAUUUGUUCAUCCUUACGUUCAAGAAAGAAGACUGAUAUCAAAUGAUCUUUAUUUGUCGCCAACGUAUUGAUCUUUGAUCUUAAAUAAUACUUUUUCUUGAUUUAACAAGUAAUAAUGUAGAAUUAGUACCAUGUAGCAGUAUAACUGUAGCGUUAGUUAAGGCAAAUUCUACAUUAGUUUAUAAUCUCGAAAUUGUUAUUAAAGUUGAAUUAAGCUCAUUGUUUUGUCCUGCGACUUGAAAUGCAUUUGAUAAAUGCCUAAUGUACCAUUAUACAUGAUACACUGUGUUUCUGACAGUUAUUCCUAAUGUAAUAAUGAAUGUUUCUAUAUUUAUACGGUACAUACAUUUUGUAU